GUUUCUCGCACAUGACGACUGAAAGGUGCUGUUUAGUAAAGUUUUGAUUUGAUUCCGGUCACUAUAAAAGAAAAAAAUAACCAAUAAAACGUACUGAAAACUAUUCAAUAGUAGAUUAGAAACUUUCCACAGAAAAGCCACGUAUUGCAUACAUUGUUGGCACUACCAAAUAUUUAAAGAAUUUCGAAAAGGAAUCAAUUUAAAAAAUUAAGCGAUGAGGCAAAUCCUACGCCUCCGAGUAUUCAGUUCACUUCUGACAUCCACAAUGAGAAGUCACACGUACAUAGAUUCUUUGGGCUCGGCCAGCAUCAUGGCCCGAAUCCUCGACGGCAAAGCGCUGGCAGGAACAGUGAAGGAUGAAUUAAAGCAAGAAAUCGCAAAUUGGAUUAACCUGGGUCACCGGGCACCGUCUAUCCGAUGCAUCUUAGUAGGAGAAGACCCAGCCAGCCACACUUAUGUUAACAACAAGAUCAUAGCUGCAAGAUAUGUAGGCAUCAAUGCUGAAGUGAUUAGACGUGACAGCACAAUUACUGAAGACCAACUUAUCCAAGAGAUACAAACACUAAACGCAGACAGCACCGUUGAUGGCAUCCUUGUACAACUGCCAAUUCCUGAGACAAUGAGUGAGAGAAAAGUGUGCAAUGCGGUCGCUCCUGAGAAGGACGUUGAUGGUUUUCAUAUUGUGAACAUCGGACAGCUUUGUGUUGAUAUGCCAACGUUAGUUCCUGCGACUGCCUUGGCUGUGAUAGAAAUGCUGAAGAGAUUCAACAUCGAAACCUUUGGUCGCAACGCGGUCGUAGUAGGCCGAUCGAAAAAUGUUGGUCUGCCUAUUGCUAUGAUGUUGCAUAGUGACAAGAAACAUGACAAUGGACUCGGAAUGGAUGCUACGGUUACUAUCUGCCAUCGUUAUACGCCUAAAGAACAGUUGGAAUUCUUCUGCCAAAAUGCCGAUAUUAUUAUUACUGCUACAGGUGUACCAAAACUUAUCAAAGCAAACAUGAUCAAGCCCGGCGCUACGGUAAUUGAUGUUGGCAUCACUAAAGUUACUGACGAAAAUGGAAAAUCCAGGCUAGUUGGCGAUGUUGAUUAUGAUGAGGUUAGCAAAGUAGCUGGUGCCGUGACGCCAGUUCCCGGCGGAGUGGGACCCAUGACAGUCGCCAUGUUGAUGCACAACACAUUCCAGGCUGCCAAACAUCAGCGGGCAAAGGCACAAUUACAGUAAAUAUAUGGCAGCUGUUAGCGAGUGAAAACCUUGAAAUAUUAUAGGUAGAACGAAAUUUUUAAAAAUGUCCGUUGAAAUAUUCACAUUAUUGAAAAAAAAAACAUGAAUAUUUACAAUGAAAACGGAUAAUACAAAAAGUUUUUUCUAUAAACUUUUCUUUGUUCUACUAUAUUUGUAGGGUUUCACUCGUGUCUAAAUAUUACGCAGUGAUUAAAAUCACUGUAUUCCUACUAACGUCUUCCGGCCGCUACGUUUAUGCCUACGCGGCAUAUCUGCAUUUUAGUGUUUGGUCGCUAUUUUUUGUAUUAAUAAAUCUACUUAAACUGUAUAACAAAUUGAAAAGAUUUCUUUGUUUUGUGACAAAGUUUUAAAGUUGUUACGUGAUCCGAAUCUCUAAAUCGAAAUAUUCCCUCUUUUUUCUCAAAAUAAAAAAUAAUUCCAUUGUGCCUUCAAAUUGGUGGACAAUUUCCUAAAUAUAAAAUUAUUUUAUUACCUAGUGUAUAAGAAUCAUUGAGUAUUAUAAAUGUAAUUAAUUAUUGUGUUAAGUGGGUAAGUUAGUUACUCGUAAGAUUGUUUAUUUAAUUUAAAAUGUACUAGAAAAAAUAUUUUCUAUAUUAUAUUGAUUGAUAUAUCAAAACAUUCCUUUCCAUUCAGGAAUGGCUGUGAAUGUUUGAGGCUUGCUCAAACUAAGUUAAAUCCGCUGAAGUCUGUGCAAUAUGGCAUACUUACCCAUCCCAGUUUACACUCUACUUUCUGUCUUAAACUUAUGUAAAUAAGGUUUAAUAUUUCAUGGUUUAGUUACCUGAUAUAAUUUUGAUGCACAAAAACAUUGAUUGUUUAAUCUGAUCCUAAUAUUGUAGCUCUAUUAUUGUUAUAGUUUUUGAAAUAUUAGCAUGAAAGACGAAGCUAUAUUUAAAUGUACCUAGUUAUAAGUUGUCUUUGUGACAAUAUAUUGUGUUUGUUGUUCAAUACAACUAUUUAUUUAUGCAAUAUAGUUUUCUUAUCUUAAA